CGCCUCAGCAACGCUUCUGUAGCCUAGCUAGCAGUGGGAAAGCUCAACGUUUGUCUGGAAGACCCCGCUGCCUCCUCCUUGUCCGCUUUGUCUCCUCCUCCUCGGAGUGAAAAAGGGGUAGCCACGAGGUUUCUGAGCUAAAAUAAAAAGGAGGUGGUGCAGAAAAUAGACGGUCUAAGUCGGGCGUGGUAGUAAGAAGAAAAAAGAAAACUCAUCUUUAGUCAAAAACUUCCAAGUGGCCAAAAUGUCGCUGUCGGUACCACAGAACGGACUAAAGGGGGAUGGCGAACCCGUUAUCGAGCUUUUUGUUAAGGCGGGCAGCGAUGGAGAGAGCAUUGGGAACUGCCCCUUUUCUCAACGGCUGUUCAUGAUUCUGUGGCUUAAAGGAGUUGUCUUCAACGUCACCACGGUGGACCUUAAAAGGAAGCCCGCGGACCUUCAGAACCUGGCCCCUGGCACACACCCUCCCUUCAUCACGUUUAACGGCGAGGUGAAAACCGACGUCAACAAGAUCGAGGAGUUUCUCGAGGAUGUCCUCUGCCCGCCCAAGUACGUCAAGCUGGGUGCAAAACACCCCGAGUCCAACACUACAGGGAUGGACAUCUUCGCCAAGUUUUCUGCGUACAUCAAGAACUCCAAGCCGGACGCAAAUGAGGGUCUGGAGCGUGGCCUGCUGAAGACUCUGCAGAAGCUGGAUGAGUAUCUUCGCUCCCCGCUUCCCGAUGAGAUCGACCACAACAGCAUAGAGGACGUCAAGGUGUCCAACCGCAGGUUCUUGGAUGGAGAAGAAAUGACGCUGGCAGACUGUAACCUGCUGCCCAAACUGCACAUAGUUAAGGUUGUGACUAAGAAGUAUCGAGGCUUCGACAUCCCCAGAGAGAUGACGGCCAUCUGGAAGUACCUGAACAAUGCUUACACACGCGAAGAGUUCACCAACACCUGCCCCAGCGACAAAGAGAUAGAAAUCGCUUAUGCAGACGUGGCCAAGAGGCUGGUGAAUUAAGAUCUCCCUCCUCUGGACUGAAGUGCUCAUUCAUGAGAAAGAAAAUACUCUGGACUUCUUUUCCUUCUCUCCUCAUCUGCAACAAACACCUUUUUUUUUCCUCCUCCGGUUUUAUGAAGGUAUCUGUUUUAUGUAGUGGAACCAGCAGAGGCCACUAUUGUUCCACCUUUGUCACCAAUCACUUUGGAUGAAUGCGUAAGAAGCAGCCAGAUGUGUGUAUCAGUGCUCCUAGAGAGAACCAACCUGAGAAGUGACCUUCCAGUUGACUUUUAUUGUGAAGGGGAAAAGUCACAAGCUGUUGUUUUCCUGUUGAAGUUAGAAAUAGUAAUUUUGUUCUGAUUUAAUCUAAAAGAACACUGAAAAUCUUUAUUUUUGGUGUGUCGGCUCGUGAAGAGAGGCGAACAGUGUUCUAGCUUCAGUGUUUCUGCCUUCAGUAUUUGACACGGUUCCGUAGGAGCGGAAGGAAAUCCCAACCUGCUUUAUCGUAAGAAUCAGUCUGAAUAAUUCCAAUUACAGUUUCUAUGUGCUCCGAUUUUCUCCGCUUGUGUCUCAUUUAGGUGAAGAGUAGCUCAGCACAGUAGAACUGAAGGACUUUUCUCGUCCCGGCUGCAGAAGGAUACAAACUCAGGACUUAGGAGGUCUAUAAGGAUCCAACCAUAUGUAGCUAACAGACGAAGGUUUAUUUUGGUUUUUCCAUUUGAAUAGAAAUGGAGCAUCUUCAUUUUCAUGCUGACUGCAGUAAAAUAUACAUCUUUAACCAAAAAUAGCUCUGGUCUCACUGUAGAUGUAAACUAGUGAAGUCGAAGGAAAAAUGAGAGAAACCACAUUUCUUCAGCAGCAGAGUGAAGGGAUCAUAAAAGCAACACUAAAGAUAUUUAUGACUAAAUGAAGUGAGGAGCCUUGAAGUUAAUUGUUCUAAUUUCACUUUUUUUUUUCAGCGUGUAGCCUGAUCCGAGGUAGCGAUUGUAUGCGUUUACACACAGUAGCUCAAAGAAGUGCUUUAGUCGAGUUUCAGACUUUUGUUAUGUAAUGAAACUGAAUUAAAAAAAGAAUUGUAAAUAUUUUUGCAUUACUCAGAUUUCAUAGUGUGAGUCUUUUGCAUAUCUUCAGAAUUCCGGAGGGGAAAACGAGCUGUUUUUCACCUGCUCGGAUUCUAGAUUUAAAAAGAAAACAUUUCCGGUUUGCCUUACUUUGAUGUUCUGCAGGAAGGAAUUUUUUAAAAGAUCAUUUCAUUGCAUCUAAGGUGGUGUUUGUACAAAGAAAAUAUCCAACGUAUUUCAUGGCUUCUUUUUUUUUUUAAUAAUAUUGACUGAAUUUAAAUAAAGUUCUUAUUAGCACUUGGA